CUACAAAAGGAAUAACAUAGGCCGUAACCCUUUUGUCCUUACUACACAAAUCUGAGAUCUGAAUUGGACAUUCAUUCCAUAUGCUAAAUGAAAUAUGAAUAUAUUGGAGACUAAGGGAUUCUAUUCAGUCAAACUUUAAAUAGAAACUAAAUUUCUGAAGAUGUUAGGAAACCAUGAAUCGACUGACCACCAUUUUGUUCUUUGUUUAUUCGCUUGUAGGUAUACUCGUUUCCUGUGAACCGCUAGGUCUCAGUGGUCUGUUGAGAGUUUGAGUGUAAGGUCUGUUAGUGUGCCCUCAAGAUGUCAGACGACUGUUAUAAAUGUGGACGUCCCGGUCAUUAUGCUCGUGAUUGCCAAGCUGCCCCAAGAGGUGGUGGUAGAGGUGGAGGCGGAGGUUAUCGCGGUGGACGAGGCGGUGGUGGUGGAAGAGAUCGUGACAAUAACGAUGGCCGUCGAGACGGCUGUUUCACCUGCGGUGGGCUUGAUCAUUUUGCUCGAGAUUGUACCAGUGGUCGCGGACACUAUGGUGGUGGUGGAGGAGGUGGUUACGGGGGAUAUGGUGGUCGCGACAAAUGUUACAACUGUGGUGGGACGGGACACUUUGCACGAGAUUGUACAAAUGAUGGACAGCGAGGUGAUAGUGGCUAUAAUGGUGGAGGCGGUGGUGGUGGUGGUCGUUGUUACAAUUGUGGUGAGUCAGGUCACAUCGUUCGAAACUGCCCAAAUAAUAACAGAAAUGACAUGAGCGAUACGCUGUGCUACAGAUGUAAUAAAUAUGGUCACUUCGCGAGAGACUGUACGGACAGUGGAGGUUCUGGUCCUCAGUGCUAUAAAUGCCAUGGUUAUGGCCAUAUAGCAAGUCGAUGCAAUGUGGAGGCGUGAAUGAAGUCCGUUUGAGAUGAUGCUCAAUGUCGUAGUGCCCCGGUACACUUUCGCCCUGCACUCACGACAAGGCGAAUGCAUUACACUGAAAUAUAAGCUUCCUGAUAAACUUUUUCCCGUUACAUUGUUCAGAGGCUUUUGAUUUUUUUGUAUGGAAUAAUAAGAUGUGUGGUUUGUGAGAUGUGUUGGCUAGCGUAUGAAAGACAGUUGUAUCAGGUCACUGGCGUGAACGUCUGUUAGAAGCAAUUACGAUCUGCCCAAAAAACUUUAUCUAAUGGUUAUCUUGACAAGGGAUUCGAGUCAUUCAAAUGGACUUACAAAGUCUGCCUAAACUAGAUUACAACAGUAUUUGUUCGAGUGGGUUACAGGGUUAAGUCUUGCAGAUCACACGUCGCAAGGGCUUAUUUGAGUAAGUCAUAUAGUGGUUAGAAAUUGGUCACUUGUACAAACCGGACAUCAGACGUUCUGCCGAAGUAAAUCAUGACAAGUGUCCGUCAAUACGAGAAAAGCUGCUGUGCAGGAUUCGCCGAAAUGGGCUCGUCUGGGAUUCCGACGCCGAAGUUUCCGGCAGUAUGCUAUGGAAGUUUGUAUGUUGUGUAACUGGCCCUAAUCGUUGGACCGUCCCUAUAAUAACUGGCUCACAUGUUUCGGUAGCGUGGUUAAAGUUGGCCCUACUACAUCAAGUCGUCAGAUUGACAGGUGACCAGUCGCCAAAUGAUGUUGCCAUCUAAAGUGAUACUCAACCACUGGUUUAUAUAUCCGUUGUUAAAUUUAGUUGUCCAGAUCAACAAACAUCAGAAGUAAUGAAAUAACUGGACACUGACCGAGCGCCGUUCAACCUAAUCACGAGCGAUGCACGUUACUGUAAAAUAGGUUUGUAAUCACAAGACAAACCAAAAGGAAUAGAUAACACAAUAGUGUGGGACUUCAGUUGUUGCUGAUUCACUCAUUAGCUCUAACACCAGUUGCCCACUCAGUCCCGCUAGUUUUCACUUUUUGGGACGUAUGUUCGUGUAUUCCGUUUUCCAUUUCCUUGAUUUCAUUAAUUAGAAUUCCAUUUAGUCAAACGCAUUGAUAAAAAAUUAGCUGAAUUUACACUGUGAAACCAAUUAUUGUAAUAAACGUUCAUUUGAC